UUCGGCCCGUCGGGAGUUUACUCUUAGCUUUAGAUAGCGUUGGCGGUUCUUUAACUGUAACACUGUAACACUUUCCGACUCUCGCUUCCGGGCCCAAUCCGGGCCGCUGUUUAUAGCAGUAUCUCAUGACUCAGUACUCGACCGUCAUAUCUGCCUGAUCUACCUCAAUUUUUGCAUUUAAUUUUUAGAUGUUUAAUGUCGGGUGCCAUCAAGUUAUAAGUAACGUCGGGAGUGUAAACAAUAUGAAGUCUCCGCUGCACUAAAUAACGGGCUUGGACGGAUCCAAUGAUAUUCUUCUCUUUCACGAGGGCUUAUCGCGCCAUUCUCGCAACACAGAUGUUCUUAUCUCCCACCAUGACAAUCAACCAUUAUUCCCCGCCACAGACUACCAAGGAGCCGUUGGACUAUGCCGACCUCCCGAUCAUUGAUCUAUCCAAGUCGCCGCGUCCAGAUGAAGUACGCGAGGCCAUGGAAACCCAUGGAUUCUUUUACAUCGUUGGGCACGGACUAUCGCCUAUUGAUAAUCAGCGAAUCUUUGAUAUUGCUGACAUUCCAUUUGCCAGUGUUAGCGACGACGAAAAACGGCAGUACGAAGGGAAGAUACAGCAGACCGGAUCCUACCAAGGAUACAAACUUCGGAAGUUUUGGCACAUUGAUAACGGGGUACGAGAUGAAGUUGAGAUCUACAGCAUAAAUCGAGAUACCACGAAACGACAGCAUCCCGAAGCCACACGUCCUCAUCUCGCCGAAAUCGAAGCAUUUGCACGACACAAUCAUCUUAACGUUCUUCAUCCCAUUUUACGGCUUCUUGCAUUGGGUCUGGGCCUUCCAGAAGAUGCACUUGUAAAUUUACACGGGUAUUCCUCUGUGGGGGAGAGUUAUGUACGGUUCAUGAAAUAUUAUCCCCACUCUGCCGGGGAUGAGGAAAAGACGAAUGGUGUCUGGACCAAGGGACAUACUGAUAUCGGUUCGAUCACCAUCCUGUACAGCCAGCCCGUGGCGGCGUUACAGAUGCUCACAUCCUCGGGGGAAUGGAAGUGGGUUAAACACUUGGAGAACGCGUUGGUGAUAAAUGCUGGCGACGCUCUCGAGUUCUUGUCGGGAGGGGCAUAUCGUGCGACAAUUCAUCGUGUCUUCCAACCUCCCAAAGACCAACGGGGAUACACCCGUCUUGGAGUAUUCUAUUUUUCCAUGCCAGACGACAAUGUGAAGCUCCUCCCGUUAGUUGCUCCCAAAGUCCGUCGAUUCGUGGAUGCGGACGCUCCCACGAUGGAAGAAUGGCGCAAGGGAAGGACAGCAGCAUACGGGAAUAGCCAACUCAAGACGGCGGAAGGAGAGGAGAGAAUCGAGGAAGAAGUUAUUAACGGUGUUGUGGUCAAGCAUUACAAUUAAUCUGAGGCGUAACAACAGUUGUAUAAUUUAGCUAUACGUCUUCAAUUCUUUCAACAUCCCGACCUUUUAUAGUGAGAAACAGUUUCCAUCACAUUUAGGCGUACUGCU